AUGCCUGAUGCACAUACAAUCAAAACUGAAUUAGUAACGCAAGAUUUUCAGGAAGGAAAGCCGCUGCCAAAUGUGGCCUGGUACAGAAACGAUAUUUUGGUGAGCAACGUGAGCAUGAUUUUACCAGGCGGUGGGUCGACUCACGUACAAAGCGAGCUAAGGAUUACGGGUCUUGGACGCCGGGAUGUCCACUCAGAGCUUACGUGUCAAGCGUUCAAUAAUCCACGCACUCAACCUUUGGCGGCAACACUACAUGUGGACAUGAACUUUGGACCGGUUGACGUAAAAAUCCUCGGAGCCAAUCAAGCGCUGUCGGCGGGGAGACGGUACGAUUUGCUGUGUCAAAGUUCGGGAUCGCGCCCUCCAGCCAGCAUCACAUGGUGGAAGAAUGGGCAACGCCUUGAGAAGACAAAGGAGACGACUUCGAACGAUGGCAACACGACGACGAGCACAUUAUCAUUCAUCGCACGAAAGGAGGAUGAUGGAAAAUAUUUAUCGUGCAGGGCCGAGAACAAAAUGCUUUCAGCUGAUGGCCUGGAAGAUGGGUGGAAAUUAGAAAUUCAGUAUACUCCCGAGGCGAAGAUAAUCUUGGGCACUUCCCUCAAUCCUGACACUAUUCGAGAAGGCACGGACGUUUAUUUCGACUGCAUCGUUAAUGCACAUCCACACGUUUAUAAAGUCGAAUGGAGACAUAACAGCAAGGCGUUACAACACAACGUGGGAUCGGGUACAAUAAUUAGCAAUCAAAGCCUCGUGCUUCAAGGAGUUUCCAGAUCGACUGCUGGGAAUUACACGUGCGUUGGAUAUAACACCGAGGGCGAUGGUGAAAGCAAACCCUUCUAUUUAAACGUCAUGUUUACCCCAACGUGCAAGCCUAAUCAAACAAGAGUAUAUGGAGUGGCCAAACAGGAAGAGGCAAGAAUAACAUGUCAAGUGGACGCAAAUCCUACGGACGUGCAAUUCAGGUGGACCUUUAAUAAUUCGGCGGAUUCCGUGGAUGUUGCCUCUUCUCAUAUUGCCAGAAGUGGUACAUCGAGUGUAGUGUCUUAUACGCCAAUGACUGAAUUGGAUUAUGGCACUUUGCUGUGCUACGCUUCGAACAGAAUCGGGCAUCAGAGAGUUCCUUGCGUUUUUCAUAUUAUUGCAGCUGGUAAGUUAAUUAAUAACACUAUUAUUAUUAAUAAUAAAAGAUAA